ACGAAACCCGGGCCCAAGAUUGUAUCAUUGUAGGAGCUACCGGCCUCUAGUAAGAACCACAUCCAACCCAUCCAAAAUGUUCAAGAUUGUCCUUCUUUUCGCUUCCCUGGCUUACGCCAGCGCUGGGCUUGUCGGAACUAAUCAUGAAGUUGCAUACGCGGCUCCUGUGGCCACUCACUAUUCUUCUGCUCCAGCAGUCAGCUACAGCACUCUGACCCGAUCUCACGCUCCGGCUCUUUCCUAUGCCGCCCCGACUCUGGCUGUGUCCCAUGCCGCUCCGGCUUUGACUGUGUCCCACGCCGCCCCAGCAAUCAGCGUUUCCCAUGCGGCCCCAUCUCUGAGUUACUCGCACGCGGCGCCACUCCUGGCCACCUCUCACGGAUACUCGGCUCCAGUGGCUCGCACAUAUGCCGCUCCAGCUUUGUCAUACGGACAUAACUAUCCAUCCCUGGCCCUCAACAACUACGGAUACUCCGCACUGGCUGCUCCAUUGGCUCACUCUCAGCUGUACAACAACGCUUUGAGCUAUUCUGGCGCUCAGCUGUUGGCCUCUCCAGCUCUUAGCUACGGAUCGGCGGCCUUGCCUCUAGCUUAUAACCAUCAUGCCUAUUAAACAAUUAGCUUAAAAUGUAAUAAAAGUCACCUGUUGUUUGAGCGUAAACAAA